UUUUUUUUUUUUUUUGAGGGAACUGUUCAUUGUGAUUUAAUAGGAAGGGAAGGGGCAUACAUAACUAGUAUCAUUCUUAAAUGAUCAUAAAAUCCAAUCCAAUACAAUUUGGAGAAGAGGCAAAGAGAUACAGGAAGGUAAAGGAAAUUUACAUGUAAAUUUUCCUUUUCUAUAGAUGAAUCGUCAAGAAAAACCUCCAGUAGAUAAUCUAACUGAACUGAUGGAAUUUGUUCUCUUGGGCUUUGCUGACAUGCCCCAACUCCAGUGGUUUCUUUUUGGAUUGUUUUUAAUCAUCUAUAUUAUUAUCCUGAUGAGCAAUGGCACCAUAUUUCUAAUAACAAAAAUGGAUCCUGCUCUCCAGAGCCCUAUGUAUUUUUUCCUGGCAAAUUUUUCCUUCUUGGAAAUCUGCUACGUAUCAGCUACUCUCCCCAGAAUGCUGAUGAAUCUAGGGACACAGAGAAGAAGAAUUUCCCUAAUUGCCUGUGCUACGCAGAUGUGCUUUGUCCUUAUAUUUGCAGGCACAGAGUGUUUGCUCCUGGCAGUGAUGGCCUAUGACCGCUAUGUGGCCAUUUGUAACCCUCUGCACUAUCCUCUAGUCAUGAACAACAGGGUCUGUAUCCUGUUGGCGAUUGGGUCCUGGACCAUUGGAAUCCCAGUGAUGAUAGGGCAUACCUAUCAGAUUUUCUCUCUUUCUUUUUGUAGAUCUAAACAAAUUAACCAUUUCUUCUGUGACAUUCCCCCAAUACUCAAGCUGGCUUGUGGGGACACUUUUGUAAAUGAGGCUUUGGUCUACAUAGUUGCUGUGGUAUUUGUAAUGGUUCCAUUUCUGUUGAUACUUGGCUCCUACAGUAAAAUUGUCUCCAUCAUCCUUAAGUUGCCAUCAGCCACAAAUCGAGCCAAAGCCUUCUCCACCUGCUCAUCUCAUCUUAUGGUUGUGAUGUUAUUCUUUGGAUCAGGCAUUAUUGCAUACUUAAGACCCAACAGCAGACACUCAGAGGAAACUGACAAAGUUCUAUCUCUUUUCUACGCUAUCCUAACUCCUAUGCUUAAUCCUAUGAUAUAUAGUCUAAGGAACAAGGAUGUCAUAAUGGCACUGAGAAAAUUGCUAUGUAAAUAAGUCACCAGUAAAGAAUGAGUUAAAUGUAUAAGAAAGGCUUUCUCACACAUUUUUAGUCCAAUUUUAAUAGAUGUAAAGCUUUAUACCUUGUCUUUCCUAUAGGGUCACUAUGAGUCAGAAGGGUUGUUGGUUUUGGUGGGUUGUCUUUCAUACUGUGGCAAUUAUUUCCAAAUUAAAAAUCACUUGUAAUGUUGUCAGGACUUUCUGCUUAAGCAUGCAUACUAUAUAUUAUUAAUUAUAAAUGAUAUUUGAUUAUAUAUCUAUGUGUACGUGUGUGUGUGUGAUCUCUAUGAGUCAGAAUUGGCAUGAUGACUGUUGCUUUGGUAUUAGAAUAUAAUAUAUAUAUAUUUAUUUAUAUAUAUAUAAAGUGUUAAUGUUCUCACAUUAUUUUAUAGAUGAAAAAUCAGAUACUCAAAGAAUCUUAUUUCAUAAUCUCCUGUAAGCCAUCAAAAAAAAAAAAAAGCCAUUAAUCCCAUAUUAUAUACAAGGAUUUUAAAGAAAAAUUAGAGAAAUAAUUUAUUUCACUUCUAAUUUAAAAAUACCCAAUUGUUUUAUAAUGCAUUAAGGACAAAAAUCUAACUCCUCACAAAAUGUAGAAAGUGCCCAACUCUCAGGCUUCAUGUUUUUGUAUUAAAAUAUAUAUAACAGGAGGGGUGGAGCAAGAUGGUGAAGUGAGAGGAUGCUCCCAUUUACUUCUCCAGCAACUAAAACACUGAGCAAUGAAUAAAUACAAGCACAUACUGAGAACUCAGAACCCAGAACCCAGGACAGCAGCUGAUGUGUUGGAGAGUCGAGGUGAGUCCACGAGCAAAAGAGAGAAAGAUCAGGGAUGGCACAGAAGCUGGGAGAACAUACGUGCUACCAUAAAAAAAAAAAAAAA